CAUGAUCCUUGUGCAAAGCAGCAACACACCCUGGAAGGUAACCAGUGAGCACAAAUCCACCUGAGGUUACCUGUUGACGUUUCCAUAGAACACCUUGUUAGCAGCAGGAGGAGCUGAGAAUCCUGUUCACACUGACUGGAGGCAUCACAGAGAGGCUCCAUGGAACAAUGAGCUCCUCUGUUAUUUUGAUACCUGGUUAGUCCUCAGCAUGGAUUGAUAUGGGACUCUGUGAAAGGAAAAGUGAACUGAUCACGCCUGCAGGUUGCCAUGGACACCCUGCCAGUAGGUUGGACUGUGCACACCUGUGACCAGGAGGGAGACGUGGCAGGACUGCUGAAGGACACAGUCCCUGACACCAACACAAACACACACGUCCACGAUCUGUUCCAUGAAGAUGCACAGGGCUUCCAGCAGUCCAGCCAGCCGUGGUGGAGGAUCAAACUGUUUGUGUGGGAGCCGGUGCUCUUCGGCACCUGGGAUGGAGUUUUCACCACCUGCAUGAUCAACAUCUUUGGUGUUGUGCUGUUCCUGCGAACCGGCUACCUGGUGGGGAACACAGGCGUGCUGCUCGGGAUGCUGCUGGUCUCCUUGGUCGUGCUGGUCGCCUUGGUGACAGUGAUGUCGGGGAUCGGAGUGUGUGAGCACUGUGGCGUUGGGGGUGGAGGAAUCUACUCCAUGAUCUCCACCGUCCUGGGGGGCCGGGUCGGGGGCACCGUGGGCCUCCUGUAUGUGUUCGGACAGUGUGUAGCUGGAGCCAUGUACAUCACGGGGUUCUCUGAGUCGGUGGCCGAGGUGCUGGGAAUGCAGAGCCAGUGGGCGGUGCGCAGCAUGUCGGCGGCGGUGCUGCUGGCGCUGCUCGGAAUCAACCUGGCGGGUGUGAAGUGGAUCGUCCGACUCCAGCUGAUACUGCUGGCCGUGCUGGCCAUCUCCACUCUGGACUUUGUCAUCGGCACCUUCACACACCUCGACCCAGAGCACGGAUUCAUCGGUUAUUCGCCCGGGCUGCUCAGCAGUAACACAAUGCCAGAUUACAGCGCAGGAGAAAACUUCUUCACAGUGUUUGGGGUCUUCUUCCCUGCUGCUACAGGGGUUAUGGCAGGCUUCAACAUGAGCUCAGACCUUCAGCGGCCUGAACACAACAUCCCAGUGGGAACGCUGGCAGCUGUCUUCACCUCGUGGUUCCUGUAUCUGGUCUUUGUCUUCCUCCUCGGGGCGAUCUGCACCAGAGAAGCUCUGCGUUAUGACUUCUUGAUAGCAGAAAAGGUCUCCUUGGUGGGUUUCCUCUUUCUGCUGGGCCUCUACAUCUCCUCUCUGGCUUCCUGCAUGGGUGGCUUAUACGGAGCACCCAGGAUCCUCCAGUGCAUCGCCCAGGAGAGGGUCAUCCCCGCACUGGCCUUCCUGGGAAGAGGGAAAGGACCAAACAGGACUCCGGUAGCAGCCAUCUGUCUGACCAGCCUGCUGACCUUGGCCUUCAUUUUCAUCGGUCAGGUCAACGUGCUGGCGCCCAUCGUCAGCAUCAACUUCAUGCUCACCUACAGCUUCAUCGACUACUCCUACUUCAGUGUGGCCAUGACCUUCCAGCUGCAGACUAAAGAAAAGAAAGGACCACUCAUCCCGGCAAAAAGAAGCCAGCGUCCGUCAAUCAGGCAGAGCUCUAGGCCUCUGAUUGAGGCCCCCCUCCCUAACUAUGGAAGUGGAGGUGAGAGCCUGCAGAGCAAAGGCACUCUGCUGGAGUUCACCAAAGACAUGGACCAGAUCUUUCCCCCGAUGUCAAAUCCUGAUGCCGGAUCUGAAAACACCUGCUCCGCGCAAGAGCUGAGUUGUAAGGGCAGAAAGGCAAGUGUGACCCCCAAGCAGAAGCUGAUGGACAGCUUUGGUUUGGACCUUAACAGCAACAUGUUCUCAGAAGAGAAAGAAGAGGAGGUGAGUUCAGCUCCAACACAUGAGGGAGCUGAGGUCCAGAGUGGAGUCGGGGAAGAAACGCAAGCCAAAUGUCAUUCAGAAACACAGCAUGCUGAGCAGGAUUCAUCAGCUGAGCCUCACAGUCACAGCGCAGGAGCUGAAAGUAAAGCAGAGCAUCCAACCUUUGAAAUCCAACCCAUUCAGCAUUCACUCUACGCGAAGUUCUGCAACCACUGGGUUGCUCUAAUCGGGGCACUCACCUCCUUAUUGAUCAUGUUUGUUAUCCAGUGGGUUUAUGCUUUAGCAAACAUAGUCGUUGCCUUGCUGCUCUUCCUCUACAUCGGGAGAACAAGUCCUGGACUACCUAAAGGUAUUGCAGCUCGAUUCAGCUUCUUCACGUGGCUUAAAUCAACACUAAAUAGCAUUUUCAGAAAAGGAUCUCUUCAGGAUGAGAUCGUGGUCACGCCCGCUCUGUCCGGUGUCGGGCUGAAAACCAAGCAGCUGACAGAGGAAAACGCAGACUUCGCCUCUCGUCACCGCCAUCACCAGUCCUCUUUCAUUGACAAGAUGGUGCAACCACCGCUCCGCUGACUGACUUGAACACUGCCUCUGUUUCAUGUCACAGCUGUCAGCCAGAAACCACAUUUUCUGCCUCAAACUCUGCCUCGCGUUGCCCUGUACGGCACAUUCUGCACACAUAUAUUAUUUAACAGAGAUGUUCAGUGUGUUUUUGUGUGAGAGAACUAGAUGGAUAUUUUUGUGGACCUGAGUUUUUCUUCCAUAAACAGAAUUAAAAGAAAAUAGGUGAUUUUUUUUUUCUCACUAUACUUUAUGCAUUUAGCCUUGAGUGAAGUAUUGCAGUAUCUGUGAGACACUGCUGGGUCAGUUCCAAGAAGUGCAGCCACUGUGGUGCUCAUGUGGCUUGAAUAUCCUGUGUGCAAGUGGCACAAACGUAUAAUUAAAGUAUAUUAAUUCACUUG